AAAGCAGGCUCGGAUAGGUGCGAGAAAGAAGAACGAAACCGAUCCGACGAAUUCGGAGGCUGGGCAACGGUCGGGUAUAAAACAGUUGAUCGCCGCCGAAGCCAGCAUCAGUCACGCUUAACUUCACUUUCCUGCUCGACGCAAGCUGCUAACAUGAAGGUUGCGGUUGUUUUCCUCGCCGUGGUGGUCUGCGCCCUGGCAAACGAGAAGUACACGACCAAGUACGACAACGUCGACUUGGAUCAGAUCCUGAGGAGCGAUCGUCUGCUGAACAACUACGUAAACUGCCUCCUGGAAAAGGGAAGCUGCACCGCCGACGGCAAAGAGCUUAAAAAAUCGCUGCCGGACGCGUUGGAAACCAAUUGCAGCAAGUGCAGCGAGAAACAGAAAAAGGGCAGCGACAAGGUCAUCCGGUUUCUGGUUAACGAGCGACCUCAAACCUGGGAAAAAUUGAAGAAGAAAUACGACCCCACCGGAGAGAACACGCGGAAGUUCGAAAAUGAAUUGAAGAAACAGGGAAUCAACAUUUAAGUAGUUUGUAACGGGUGAGUCCUUCCGCCCGAGGACAUGGGAAUUCUACGUUUAAAGCAGACUCGUCGAGAAUCGUUCGCCAUCGUUGGUCCCAUUUUUUAAAUUUGUAUCCGAGUCGAAGAAUCGCGAAAUAAAUGUUGCAUGGUGUAGUAUCGGACAGAAAAA